UUUGGAGUCAAGAUGAAGAUACUGGUUCUUUUUGCUGUGGGAGUACUGGGCUGCAGCCUGGCUGGUGCUGCAAUUGUGUCCAAAUGUGAUCUGAUGAACAAGCUGAAGACAGCAAUCCUAAAGCUGCCAGAAAACAUACAGCAGUCAGGACUGACUUCGGAUGACUUUGUGGCCAAGAUUGUCUGUUAUGUGGACAAGGGGUCAAAGUUCAACACCAGUGUUGUGACUGAUCUGAGCAGUGAUCAGGGAGGGUCAUCUGAGGACGGGCACCAUGAAGGAAACGGUGAAGGUCAUCACCGAAGACGCCGAAGCCCCCUUGGGUGGCCGAGUAGUGAGGAGGCUGAUGGAGAUAUGACCCUUUACGGCCUCUUCCAGCUCUGCGGUGACCUGGUGUGCAGAAGCACCGUGAACUCAACCAACUUGUGCAACAUUGAAUGCAAUAAUUUGAUUGAUGACAAUAUUGAUGAUGAUAUCAGUUGCGUGCUGAUGCUCCUCACAGAAAUUGUUGACAAGGGCUUCAAGGCACCAAACUUGAAGGAGCUCAGAAAAGUGAUCAGACUCAUCAUGCGAGACGACUGUAAACACGUUAAAGCUUCCACUUACUUUGCUGAGUGUCAUUAAAAUCAUUUAUAUUAUGCAACAAAUGUAACAAGACUGAUCAGUCUUCUUUCAAAGGACUGUCUAUAAAUUUAAAUAAAUCCAAAUAU